AUGACUCUGAAGGAAACCAGCAACCAUAUCAUGAGCACCCCUAGGCAGAAGCGCACAUGGCAAGAAAUGAGCCUUCCUGCCAACACCAACUUAAGGCAUGUNGUGCCUGACCCCUUUCCCCUGGACGUGCGCAAGCUGCUGGUGGCGGGCAAUCGCAUCCAGCGCAUCCCCGAGGACUUCUUCAUCUUCUACGGCGACCUGGUCUACCUGGACUUCAGGAACAACUCGCUACGCUCGCUGGAAGAGGGCACUUUCAGCGGCUCCGCCAAGCUCGCCUUCCUCGACCUCAGCUACAAUAACCUGACCCAGCUGGGCGCCGGCGCCUUCCGCUCGGCGGGGAGGCUGGUCAAGCUGAGCCUGGCCAACAACCACCUGGCGGGCGUGCACGAGGCGGCCUUCGAGACCCUGGAGUCGCUGCAGGUGCUGGAGCUCAACGACAACAACCUGCACAGCCUCAACGUGGCUGUCCUGGCCGCGCUGCCCGCGCUGCGCACCCUGCGCCUGGACGGGAACCCCUGGCUUUGCGACUGCGAUUUCGCCCACCUCUUCUCCUGGAUCCAGGAGAACGCGUCCAAGCUGCCCAAAGGCCUUGACGAAAUCCAGUGCUCCCUGCCCAUGGAGAACAGGAGAAUUUUCCUGCACGAGUUGUCAGAGGCCAGCUUCAAUGAGUGUAAGUUCAGCCUCUCGCUCACAGACCUGUUCAUCAUCAUCUUCUCCGGCGUGGCCGUGUCCAUCGCCGCCAUCAUCUCCAGCUUCUUUCUGGCCACCGUGGUGCAGUGCUUCCAGAGAUGCACCCCCAACAAAGACUCCGAGGACGAAGAUGAUGAUGAAGACGACUGAGCCGCCCCUCCCAGACCUCGUUUUCCAGAACCCAUGCUGGUGGCUCCCCUUUGAAAAGAGAGGGAAAUGCUGAAAGCAGAAAAGAAACCAACCACCGUCAGUGCCCAGAGCACCCAACAGCACCUGCUCCACGCCUGGCACCCUGGGCGUACCUGGUGGGACCUCCGAUCUCAGAGUUGAGAAUUCACAGAGCGUGGAGCUCAGGAAGGAUUCCCGGAGGAGAGCCUGCCUCUCAGUUUGAGGUGUGUGUGUGGGGAGAAGAUGGCCGAGUCAGGCUUCAUGGCUGAUGACUGGAAGCCAACCUAGGGGAUAUGAGCCCACAGAGAUGAUUUUGUGACGUCCGUACGGGGAGACCAUGCAGUAUCUCCUUCCUCUCAAGAGGCAGCAGUUUAGACAGUGGGGAUUCGGGUUCAGGUCCCUCUUCCUGGACUUCUGUUCUUCCCGAGAUACGCUUCGGCAAACAUGGGAUUUACUCAAAGAACAAACCCACAGUUGACUACCAUGGCACCGAGGAGAAAACCUAGAACUGGCCAAAGGGUGUUUGUUGUUAUAUUUUGGUGAGUGGGUCAGGAAAACAUUUGUCAACACAACUCAAACCCUGAUCCUUAUCCUUGGAUUUAGCAACUAGAAGGGGAAGGAUAGUCGUUUUGUACAAUUGUGAUAGCCUCUGCUCAGAGCCACUCUUCCCUCUGAAGUUAUUUCCCUUCCCAGUUCCCACAUCCUGCCCCGUGAGUCCCUCCUCAGCCAAAUAACAUCUGGCCAUUCUCUGUGCUGGCACCUCGCCAGAUGUGUCAUCUCCAAAACUUGGAGUAAACUUUCCCGGAGGCUAGGCUUUCAGAAGGCAGGUUGCAUCGGACCAAGAAAAUAGUAACAAAACAAAACAAACACACUGGGACUUGGUCUCUGAAAAACCUCCAUCAGUAGCCCUAGCGGGGGUGUGACAUUUCUUUGGCGCAUAGGCUGUGACAGGCAGUGUUUUUCCGGAUGUGGGAUGCAACACUUGGUUCAAAGACAGUAUAAAACAAUGUCAUGGACCCAGUAGGUUCAUGCAAGAUGACGUGUGUCACCAGCCCUGGACCUUGCUGGGGACUGACCUUCAGACGAGGGGCUCCCGAGAAACUCCAGGAAUAUUUCUGAGAAUCACCUGUCCUUUGUCUGCCUCCCCUGCCCCCUUCCAUCUUUGCUUCCACAAGGAAUUACUGAGUGUUUGCUAAGCGUCAGGCACUGUGGAGACGCAAUGCAUAAGAAAGACAGGCCCCUGUUCACGUGGGUCUCAUCUUAUCACAGGUGGAACUUAAAACAAGCAAGUAAACAAAACUAAUUGCAAGUAGUGAUAAGGGCCAUGAAGGAAAUAAAUGAGGUCUUCUGACAGAGUACUGGUAGAAACCUCUCAAGAGUGGGUAGUUGGGUAUAUUAGCCAGGGUUUUCCAGAGACACAGAACCAACAGGAGAUGUGGGUAUUCUAUCUAUCUAUCUAUCUAUCUAUCUAUCUAUGAAUGAUAAGGAAUUGGCUCACAUGACUAUGGAGGUGAAAGAUCUCAGAACCUGUAGCUGGCCAGCUGGAGACCCAAGGAGAGCCAGUGGUGUAGUUCCGGUCUGAGUCCAAAGGCCUGACGACCAGGAGAACCAAUGGUUAAGUUUUAGUUUGAGGGAAGGAGAAGACCCAGGUCAAGCAGUCAGAGAGAGAGAGAGUGAAUUCUCCUUUCCUCCACCUUUCUGUUGUAUUCAGGUCCUUGGCAGGUUGGAUGGGGCCCACCCACACUGGGGAGGGCAGUCUGCUUUAUACAGUCUAUAGAGCCUAAUGCUAAUCUCAUCCAGAAACAUCCUCAAGACACACUCAGAAACAACAUUUAACCAAAUAUCUGGGCACUCUGUGACCCAGUCAAGGUGACGCAUACAGUUAACCAUCACAUUGGGGAAGGGCUCUGCUCGGGUGGCUUGGAGCCGAAUCCUGCCUCCUCUCACCUCCUUGACCCCCCUUCUCCCUUCUGCUCUCUUUCUCUACCCUUCUUCCCCUCUCCCCAUCCUUGGUCACUCCUUCUAGCCCCCAGCAUUCUUGGCUGCAGUGGAGGAGACCCCUGGCACAGAAGGGCUGUCUUCCCAUAGAGUCACUGGGCAGCGGGGAAGAGGGCAGCAUCUUUCUAGACUCCAUGGCAACCUCAGCACAUUGAGCCACCUCUGUGGCCUCCACCCUCAGUGCAGGCGACGCUGCCAUUGAGGAAACAAUAUAAGAAAACUGAAAUUGGUCAUCACGAACAAUUAGGUGCUGCUUGAAUUCCAGUCUAAAGGUUCCAGCCAUCAUUGACAUCUUUGUGAAUGAAGGUUCCUUGAAAAGGUUUUCAAUAAGGAGAGUGGUGCACUCCACUGACAUUGGGCCACUGGAGGGAAGAUGAAAGAUCACGGGGGGCGGGGGGUGCAAGGGUUUAAAGGCUGGGAGUUUGAGACACAAGACAAUCUAUUGUCAGCACCUCCCCGGCCUGGCCACAGAUUCAGCUGAGACUUGUGUGAGGUUUGAAUUACUGCCUGUCAUCCCAGUCUCCAGUCCCUAUCCCCAGGAGCACCCUACCACAGGCACAUUUUAAAGGUCCUGGGCCCAGCUGGGGCCCUGCCAAAGUCACAAUAUGUUUCUCUCAGAGUCCUGGGGAGACGGUGUCCCAAGCUGUGGAAAUAACACCAGCCCCUUGUCCUAAUAGGUUCCGGUGGAUGCAGUCCCACAUAAUGAGUGUGUUUUAUUGCUCAGUCUGCCUCAAGUGGUUCAUUCUGGUCAGUGGGCAUAAGCCCUGCAAACCAUAGGGGCCACUGGUUAUUUUCCAAAUGAAGGCGUGAGCCAAGGAGGGGCGACCUGGGGCUCGCUGGGCACCAGUCAGCCAUCAUGUCUGCUGACUGCACCCCAGUUUUGGAAUGAUCACGAUUCUGGGGAAGAAGAGCUUUAAAAUGUUGCCAGUUGAAAUAGUCACUGCUCAGGUAUAAAGUUCCUGAGGAUCGCUGGGGACGCUGGGGCCAUGAGGGACAUCUGUGGUCAAGCCCAAGAAAAUAUGCUGAACAGGAGCCACGACUUAACUGGGGAAAGGCCUUUUGAGAAGUGACAUUGCACAAACAACACGCAAUGAUUUAGUGUUCCCUGACUUGCCGUAGGGUUUUAUCAUUAUCAACAGCAAUAACAGUGUUACAUCCCAACUGAGGGCCUCCAGGGCACCAGAAAUGCCCCUCUCCCAGAUCUCCAUUUGGAGUGUCAUUUGGGUCUCGUGUGUCACCUUCCCCAGACUCACUCUCAUCGCUUCAUAUCAUUUUCUGCACAGCACAGACUGUGGUGUGACAUUAUCCUACUUGUUUAUGUGUUUAUUGUCUAACUCUCUGGUCUAGAACCUGAGCUCGCCAAGGGCGGGAACUUGAGCCAUUUGUGUCCCCAGCAUUUAGAACAGCAAGUACCUGGCACAUAGCAGUGGCACAAUAUAAUAUUGGUUGAAAGAGCAAACAGAUGCGUUCCAGGCACUAUACUAUUGUAGAACUUCUGCAAACAUGAGCUCCGCGAGUGUCCUCACAACUCCACAUGAGAGCUGCCAUUACCCUAAGUUUAUGAGGAAGCUGAGGCUCAGAGAAGGUGGGUAGGUUACAGUCAUGGAGUGGGUUUUGGCCACUGCUCUGACCAUUGCGCCGCCUCGCUCCGUCCAACUGCAUUCCCUUCUCAGGCCAGCAGGAGCAGGCCUGGCAGGGACGGUGUGGAGUGGCACAUUCCUUGGGGCUGUGUGCUGGGCUCCAGGGAAAGCAGCAUGCACUUGCUAGGUGCACCCAGAAUGAGUUUAUUUUGAGCCUCAAAUCCAACAUCUCAGACCUGUUCAGGAAAGCCAAAACCACCAAAAUAUCUUGUCUCACAGUCUAGGUCUCCUCAAGAUCUGAUGGCCAGGGGAUUCUGGUGGCAUCACAGAUGAAUUCAUCUUAUUGCGAUGACAGCCGAUAGCACAAAUGCAUCCCUUUGACCUGGGCAAGGGCCCCUAUCUUGGGUCCAGAGCUGUAGAGGGCCCUGCUCUGACUCCCCUCCAGCUGUGCCCUUGGGGUGAAUAAUUUGUGGGACCAAGGGCACACACCCACCCAGAACCAGUGUCCUCUUCUAGAACAUUCUCUGGGUACUAAGGACCCCAGAAUUGCCCCCCCACAAGCAACCCCAAGCUUGGGGGUAGGCCUCUUCCCAGCAUCCACACUCCGAGGUGAACUGAGUGGCCAAGCAGUAGAUAUUGGUGGGGGGUGUGAAUAGAGGUUGGAUGUACAGCCUGUGGUGCAGAAGACCCCCUAGAGGCACAGGAUGAAGUCAGGGCUAGAAAAAUAAAGGGGGUGGGGGGUUAGAUGGCUCAGCUCUCCGCACGCUGCCAUAUUCUGGUGCAGAUGUCCAGGAAUUCCAGAAUCAUCCUUUAAACCUAGUCUUCCAAGCCAUUCACAAGGUAUUUUUGUUAAGGUAGCUGGGUAGAACGUUUUCUUUGCCAGUUUAUCGCCAUGUAGGACUUGUGACUGUUUAGAUAUGGGUGUGUGGAAGGUACUUGUACUCUUGUUCUGGCUGCACAGAUGGUACAGGUGGGCCUGGGUACCACACCAGGGACCACCCUGGCUGCGGCCCUAGGACCAGAUACCGCUUCUGCCUUGUGGGACUGGUCAAAAUGGGCCUUGACACAGAAAGGCUGAAAACCGAAUGCACACCAAUCGCUUUCACCAGUGACAGAGAAGGGUUAGUAUUGAACGCCCACACUUCCCUCCUCCCCCUUCUUCUCCCCCUUUUCCUCCCUCCCGCCCCCCACCAUGUCCCUACAGGCUCAGACGGCCAACACUGCAGGCAUGAGUUCUAGGUGCCAUCAGUGGCUGGGGGCGGGUGCCUUCUCCAAUUCUAUCAAAUUUAACUGGACCCUGGACCCUCCAUUCCCUUAACAUCCCACCACCAACAUUGAGCUAGUCGCUAACCCUGGACAUUGGCCAUAAGUUCCUUUUUGUGGCUUCUGGUAACCUUGAGAGUGAAAGUCAUUUAUUAUUUGCUAAGUGGUCUAGCCGUACCCUGUUCAGUAAAACCUCCCCGAAGCAGACCCCUGUGGGUUUUAUUUGCCCGCCACCAGCAAGGUAUCUUUUUUUCUCUAAGACUCCAGGCCAAUAAACACACAUCCAAACUUGACAUUGUUUUUCCACGUAAAAGAUUUCUUAAACACAAAAAAAGAACACAACACUGUUCUCCACUAAUUGCAAAUGUGAUCCACUUUUUGAAAACAUGCCUUUUCAGGCUGUGCGUUAUUGUAUUUUUGGCCUUGGACGAAAUACAGUGUGCUUUUUUGGUAAAACCUCACACCCGUCUUCAGGACUGUUAGUCAUGAACCCAUUUGCUCGCCAGAGUUCCACUGGAACCGGAGCUGGGCGUUGGUUUUCCAAGAAUCCUCCUUUCAGGGUUUGCCACUCAGCACAGAACCCCCACCCCCAUUUGAGCCUCUGUGAAUAAUCAGAGUGAAGCAACCAUGUGUUACCCAGCCUCAAGAGGAGCCCUCCAGAAUGGAGGGUCCACACUUCAGUGGAGUGUCCACUCUGUCCUCGUAGCUGGACACCAGUGGCUGUGCCCUGGACCCUUUCAGAACCACGUAUAAGUGGACCCACGCAGUUCAAAGCCGUGUUGUCCAAGGAGCCACAGCAGGGUAGGAAGAGGCCACACUGCCCAGGACAAGGGGGGAACCCUCAGUAGACAUAAUGGAUGCGUGGUGGAUGCCAGUUCAGUCUGGGUUUUAAGCCCAAGAGAGACUCCAUCCCCAGAAACACACUUGAUCCUUGAACAACACGAGUUUGAACUGCGUGGGUCCACUUAUACGCAGACUUUUUUUCAAUAAAUAUGUAGUCAGCCUUCUGUAUCCCCGGUUUCAUCUGCAGAUUCAACUAACUACAAAACCAUCCCUGCCCUGCCUGGGUGUUGAAUCCCAAACUGCCAUCCCUAGAGAUCUCAGAAGGUGACCUUCCUUUCAGCCCUCACUCACUUGGCAGAGCCACAGUGUGUUUCUUAUGGAAAUGGGGACAAUGCCCCCUCUGUGGCCUCAGAUGAGUCCCUUAGGCCGGGCUUAGCGCCACACCUCCUAUGAUCGUCCCAAUUUCCCCGUUUCUCUGAACAGCAAAACUGUUCUUUUGUCAGGAUUCCUUCCACUCAGGUUUGUCAAUGUGUCACCACCCGCCGUCAUGGCAACCAGCCAGUUUCCAAACGAGAUCAGGCUCAGGUGGGACAGGAAGGAAAGUGGGCCUCGAAGCCAUCCAGCAGCUGCGUCCCUUCCUGAUUGAUGGGAGAGGCUGCAGGGUUCUGCUGAGACCGUGGGAAGUCAUGGGCUCCACACACUUUUAUGAGCUGCCUGGGGAGGCAAGAGGUUCCAGGGCAGGGUAUCCCCACCGUGGGGCUCUGAGCUGGCACCAUGGACAUCUCCCCACCCCCCACUCCCAUGGGACCCUCUGUCCCCAGAGGCAUCCUCUAGACUGUAAGCUCCAUGAGGUCGGCGCCAGUGGGCCUUCCAUCACUAAACACCAGGCCUGGCAGACAGGAGCCCUCAAUUGUUGGAGCACAUCCACUUCUCCAACUGAAGAGGGCCACACCAUGCGGCCUCCCUCCCUUAGGAAAGGAAGUCCAAGCGGGAGAGGAGGCAGGCAGAGUCCAGGAUGAGGGUCAAGCCAGGUGACUGCAAGUGACUCGUGACCACUGGAAUGGUUCUAACAGAAUAUUUAGGAGUAGUAUUACUGGAGUAUUAAAAUAGCAGAGUAAUAAAAUAUCCAAGCCAAGUACCAGAGCAUUCACAUUCUACCUGAGUAUGUGGAGGGGAACGGAGCUGGGCCUGCUGCUCACCUGGCUGGCCCUUAGGCUGUGUGAUGCUGCCGUGAGUGGUACCGGACUUUACCAACCUGCUCCUAUCCCUGUCCCCAAUACUCAGGCCCAUUAGCCCCUUGGCACUCUUUCUGUUCCCCAGACAGGCCUCGCUUGUUCCGGCCCGAGGGCCCUUGACCUGGCUGUCCCCUAUCCCUGGAAUUUUCUUCCCCUAGAUCUUUGCUCCUUCUCAUCAUUCAGGUCUCAGCUCAAAGGUCACCUUCUCAGAGAGGUCUUCCCUGCCCAUCCCAGCUGAAGAGACCCUCACCUGUCUCCCUCUAAUGCCUCAUCACCCUGUUUCAUUCUCUUCGCAGCACUCAUGGCUGUGUGGGCUUCUUGGGUAUGGUUUGCUUGCUUGUAAACUGUUUCCCCCUCUUUAGAUUGAAAACUGUGAGAGCAAGGUCCAUGCUUGUCUUGUUUAUCCUGUAUACCCAGAGCCUAGACCUGAUAAAUAUUUAUGAGGUUAAUGAGUGAGGUAGGUGGGUGGGUGGA